CCGCGCCUUGCGGCGGUCCCGGAAGUGACGCUUCUCGGGCCCGCCGGGGACCAGUGAAGUAGGCGCCUGGUAGCAGAAGUCCCGCCUACUCCUGCCAGCUGAAGGCCAGAUCAGCGUGUCGCGGCUCCUCGUGCUGCCCACUGUCGGCAUGGCGCACUAUAACUUUAAGAAGAUCACGGUGGUACCGUCUGCCAAGGACUUUAUUGACCUGACAUUGUCAAAGACCCAACGAAAGACUCCAACGGUUAUUCAUAAACACUAUCAAAUUCAUCGCAUUAGACAUUUUUACAUGAGAAAAGUCAAAUUUACCCAGCAGAAUUACCAUGACAGACUCUCACAGAUUCUAACAGAUUUUCCCAAAUUGGAUGAUAUCCAUCCAUUUUAUGCUGAUCUGAUGAAUAUUCUCUAUGAUAAGGAUCAUUACAAGUUGGCUCUAGGACAAAUAAAUAUUGCCAAAAAUUUAGUGGACAACGUUGCUAAAGAUUAUGUGCGGCUAAUGAAAUAUGGCGAUUCUCUCUACCGCUGCAAGCAGCUGAAGCGGGCUGCCCUUGGGCGCAUGUGCACUAUUAUCAAGAGACAGAAGCAGAGUUUGGAGUAUUUGGAACAAGUGCGUCAGCAUUUGUCCCGCUUGCCAACCAUUGAUCCAAAUACAAGGACUCUGCUUUUGUGUGGGUACCCAAAUGUUGGGAAAUCCAGCUUCAUCAACAAGGUGACAAGAGCAGAUGUGGAUGUGCAGCCGUAUGCAUUUACUACCAAAUCUCUGUUUGUUGGGCACAUGGAUUAUAAGUAUCUACGUUGGCAGGUUGUAGAUACUCCAGGGAUUUUGGAUCAUCCUUUAGAGGAUCGGAACACCAUUGAAAUGCAAGCUAUCACAGCCCUGGCUCACCUUCGCGCCGCAGUUUUGUAUGUGAUGGAUUUGUCUGAGCAGUGUGGACAUGGAUUGAAAGAACAAUUAGAGCUCUUCCAGAAUAUCAGACCCCUCUUUAUCAACAAACCUCUUAUAGUUGUAGCAAACAAAUGUGAUGUGAAGAGAAUAGCUGAACUUGCGGAAGAUGAUCAGAAAAUAUUUAUAGACUUGCAGACUGAAGGAUUCUCUGUUAUAGAAACCAGCACCCUGACUGAGGAAGGUGUUAUUAAAGUUAAAACAGAGGCUUGUGAUAGGCUUUUGGCUCAUCGAGUAGAAACCAAAAUGAAAGGAAAUAAAGUGAAUGAAGUGCUGAACAGAUUGCAUUUAGCUGUACCGAACAAGAGAGAUGAUAAGGAGAGGCCCCCCUUCAUCCCAGAAGGUGUACUAGCACGAAAAAAAAGAAUGGAAAUUGGGGAGCCCAAGAAGAAAAGGGAACGAGAUCUUGAGUUGGAAAUGGGAGAUGAUUAUAUUUUGGAUCUUCAGAAAUACUGGGAUUUAAUGAAUUCAUCCGAAAAAUAUGAUAAGAUACCAGAGAUCUGGGAAGGGCACAAUGUAGCUGAUUAUAUCGAUCCUGCUAUCAUGAAGAAAUUGGAAGAGUUAGAAAAAGAAGAAGAAUUAAGAACAGCUGCUGGAGAGUAUGACAGUGAAUCUGAAAGUGAAGAUGAAGAAAUGGAGGAAAUCCGACAGCUGGCAAAACAAAUUAGAGAAAAAAAGAAAUUGAAAAUUCUGCAGUCCAAGGAAAAGAAUACUCAGGGACCUAGGAUGCCUCGAACUGCUAAGAAGGUUCAGCGGACAGUUUUGGAGAAUGAGAUGCGAGGUCUUGGUAUUAACAUGGAUGAUAAAGACAAUGCCCACUAUGCAGUCCAGGCAAGAAGGUCUCGAAGUGUCACUAAGAAAAGAAAGCGGGAAGGAUCUCUUCCACCUACCUCGGUAGCCUGGAGUCGGAGUUGCUCUCGAACUCCACGUGAUGUUUCUGGUCUUCGGGAUGUAAAGAUGGUGAAGAAAGCCAAGACUAUGAUGAAGAAUGCUCAGAAGAAGAUGAAUCGCUUGGGGAGGAAAGGGGAGGCAGAUAGACAUGUGUUUGAUAUGAAGCCCAAGCACUUACUCUCUGGAAAGAGGAAAGCUGGUAAAAAAGACAGAAGAUAGUGUCUUUUUCAGUGACAUGGUUUAGCUAGACUGGCUCUUCUGGUAUGAUUUCAUAAAACUAGAAUAAUUUAUUAAUUGAAAAAACAAUGGAAAUAGCUAAAGGGCUUGUUGCUGAAAAUGGUGAUUAACCCUAUAGAGGUGUGCGUAAUAUUACAAAUAUUUUGAUUAGAUAGUGUUUCUGCAUUUUAUAGAGUUGAUUCAGAUUUCAAACUGAAAGAUUUAUUGGUAUGACUAUUGGGGUUUUUGAUGGAGAAAAAUCUUUACUUUGGAAGAGGUAGCUUUGGUUUAUCACACAUGAAUAGCCAUUUUUCUCUUCACCUUGUGGUAUAUGCAGAAGGCUACCAGCUCUGACCUGCAGGGUUGGGAGAAAAUCUGUUUAUGAGUGUAUCAGGACCCUGUACUUAAAAUAUUCUCAAAUUAUUUUCUAGUCCUUUUGUACAAUAUAUUGUUAUAAUCUGUCUUUAACUGUUUUAUCCAAAAUAAACCUCCAGAGAAAAAUAGCUUUGA